UGGGAAUCAGAGCCGGAGAUAUUCCUCAAUCUCUUUACGUUUCCUGAGAAAGAUCUGUUUGACUCCCUCGUUGCGUUAUACUUUGAACACAUCAACUACCUGUAUGCCCUGUUACACCGACCCACCUUCGAAACGUUAAUUACUCAAGGCGUUCAUUAUCGUGAUCCUCAAUUUGCCAACGUUGCAAUGUUGGUCAUUGCAAUCGGGUCCAGAUUUUCUUCAGAUCCAAGGGUAGUACUGGAGAAAACUGGAUCUUGGCUAUCAUCUGGUUGGAAAUGGUUUUCGCAAGUAAACCUUUACAAUAAGGCUACGUUAACUGUUCCAAACCUGUACAACUUGCAAGCAAUAGUGCUGUAUACUAUCUACAUUCAAGAUUGUCCUUCUCAGGAGGAAGGCUGGUCUCUCAUCUCGGCUGGUCUUCGGUUAGCUCAAGCAGUUGGUGCUCACAGAAAAAAGGUCUAUUCCUCAAGAUUGACUGCCGUUGAUGAGCUGUGGAAGCGCGCGUUUUGGUUCGUUUUAACUUGUUCGGAAUCGAAAGUCUGUUCCGAACCAUCCACGAUGACUAGGUGCUUGUAUAUCCUUGACAGGCAAUUUUGUCUUACAUUGGGGCGACCCUGCUCUUUACACGAUGAAGAUUUUGACCUUGACUAUCCCAUUGACUGUGAUGAUGAAUUCUGGUUGUUAUCAGACCCAGAGGAAUCCUUUAAGCAGCCUCCAGGAAAGCCAUCCAAGAUUGCAUUUAUCAUAUCUUUCAUCGAAGUUAGUUUCAUCCUCUCUUAUGCUCUAAGAACAAUUUACUCCAUCAAUAAAUCCAAAGUAUUUCUCGGCUACACUGGCCAGGGUUGGGAGGAGCGCUUGGUAACACAAUUAGACUCCAAGAUCAAUAGCUGGGAAGCUAAGAUACCGGCCCACUUACGAUUUUCUGCAACCAUAGAAGAUCCCUUGUUUUUUGUUCAAGCCGCAAUGCUCAGUUCAGCAUAUCAUGACUUGAGAGUCCUAGUGCAUCACCCAUUUGUUGCCCCCGGCGGUAAACCAACCUCUAUCACAUACUCAUGUCUUGCAAGCUGUGACAAUGCAGCUCGUGCAAAUAGUGGAAUUGCAUUGAUUAUUUCCUGUCGUGCACCAACGGUCCUUGUUCCGAGUUUGCUACUUCAUACUGCCUUCACAUCUGCAAUUAUUCUCUUCUUCAAACUAUUCAGCGCCAGGCGUGCAGGAAAGGCCAUUGAUGUUGCAGGUGUUAUGGCCGGUGUCCAUGGCUGUAUGCGAGUCCUUGAAAAUGCUGAAUCCAGGUAA